AUGGGCAAUUGCAGCGGCGUCCCCUCCGACCAAAACCAACUCAGCUCCCAUGGCCCCGACCGCGGCCCACCUUCCAAUGGCCUCUCCGUCCUUCCUCCAAAUUCUGAGCCCCCGCCACCUAAACCACCUUUCUUCUCCGACUUCGGCCGCGUCCUCUGCCGUCCCAUGGAGGAUGUCCGUUCCACCUACAUCUUCGGCCGCGAACUAGGUCGUGGCCAAUUUGGUGUCACCUACCUAGUCACCCACAGAGUCACUAAGCAACAAUUCGCCUGCAAAUCCAUCGCUACCCGAAAACUCGUUAACCGCGACGAUAUCGAUGACAUUCGCCGCGAGGUCCAGAUCAUGCACCACCUCACCGGUCAUCGCAACAUUGUGGAGCUCAAGGGAGCUUAUGAGGAUCGCCACUCUGUCAAUUUGGUCAUGGAACUCUGCGCUGGCGGGGAACUCUUCGAUAGGAUCAUAGCCAAAGGCCAUUACUCGGAGCGAGCGGCAGCAAAUUUGUGCCGCCAGAUCGUGACGGUCGUGCAUAGUUGCCACUCCAUGGGAGUGUUUCAUAGGGAUUUGAAGCCGGAGAAUUUCUUGUUCCUCAGCAAAGACGACAGCUCGCCUCUUAAGGCCACUGAUUUUGGUCUCUCAGUGUUCUUCAAGCCAGGAGACGUAUUAAUCGAUCUUGUUGGCAGUGCAUAUUAUGUUGCUCCUGAGGUGCUGCGUAAAAGUUAUGGACCAGAAGCUGAUAUUUGGAGUGCCGGGGUUAUAUUAUACAUUCUGCUCAGUGGUGUCCCGCCUUUCUGGGCUGAAAAUGAACAGGGAAUAUUUGAUGCUAUUCUUCGCGGACAUAUUGAUUUUGUAUCAAAACCUUGGCCUUCUAUAUCGAGUAGCGCCAAAGAUUUGGUUAGGAAGAUGCUACGAGCUGACCCUAGAGAACGGCUUUCAGCCGUUGAUGUCCUUAAUCAUCCUUGGAUGAGAGAAGAUGGGGAUGCAUCUGAUAAGCCUCUUGACAUUGCUGUUUUGACCAGAAUGAAACAAUUCCGAGCAAUGAACAAACUAAAGAAAGUAGCUCUAAAGGUAAUUGCGGAAAAUCUUUCUGAAGAAGAAAUCAUUGGCUUGAAGGAGAUGUUCAAAUCAAUGGACACCGAUAACAGUGGUACAAUCACUUUUGAAGAGUUGAAAGUUGGUCUCCCCAAGUUGGGUAGCAAGCUUUCUGAGUCUGAAGUGAGGCAGUUGAUGGAAGCGGCUGAUGUUGAUGGAAAUGGAACCAUUGAUUAUAUUGAAUUUAUAACAGCUACCAUGCACAUGAAUAGAAUGGAAAGAGAGGACCACCUAUACAAAGCAUUUGAAUAUUUUGACAAGGAUAGGAGCGGGUAUAUCACUAUGGAAGAGUUGGAAUAUGCAUUGAAGAAGUAUAAUAUGGGUGAUGAAAAAACAAUAAAGGAGAUCAUUGCUGAAGUUGAUGCAGACAAUGAUGGAAGAAUUAAUUAUGACGAGUUCGUGGCCAUGAUGAGGAAAGGCAACCCAGAAACGGUGAACAACAGGCGUCGCAAGUAAUCUCUUCUUGAGUUACUUGAUUUUUUGGUCGGAGGCUUGACACGUGCAAGUAAUAUUGACUGUCAUUGUAUCAUAUUAAGAAGAAUUUGCUUACCUCUCAUUCAUUUCAAGAGAGCUCUUGCUAUCAGAGAAUAGAGUUGGGAUAUUCUAAAAUGUAAAGCUUUUAAAGGACUCAUACUGUAAACAGAAAGCGAUGGCGAGAUAAGAGAUGCUGAGAUUUUCUUCUUCUUCUUUUUUCC